UUCUCCAUAGACAACGAACUUCUAUAUUUCCCUUUCUGUGCUGAUUUUGGACCGUUGAACUAUGGUAAUUCAGGACGACAAACAAUGAUUUAUUUGCACUCAUAUGCGUUUAGGCAUGGGAAGUCAGUUGUUCUUUAUACAUCUGCGGAUCCGAAAUCACGAACAAACGCUGCAACAUUAUUGGGGUGUUUUUUGGUGUUAGAGAUGGAUAUGACUCCUGAAGAAGCCUGGGCACCGUUCGAAUUUUCCAACGCAGCUCCCUUUAUUCCUUUCCAUGAAGCUUCCUUCGAAUCUGACGAUUUCAACCUUGUGCCUAUUGAUGUCCUGCAAGGCCUGUAUAAAGCGAAACAGAAUGGACUGCUGAGACUGGAUGACUUUGACAUCGAAUGGUAUGAUUACUGCGACCAUCCGAACCAUGCGGAUCUACAUGAGAUAGUUCCUGGAAAAUUUGUGGCUUUCAAAGGACCCAAGGAAGAGACCGUGUACCAUAAAGAUACCGGAGUGAUGUAUUUAGCUCCCAAGGAAUAUUUCACCAUCUUCCAACGACUGGAUGUGACAGCGGUCGUCCGUCUCAAUGAACCUCAGUACCGGGCUGAGGACUUCAAGGAAGCUGGUUUCAAUCACUACGACAUCUACUUCGAUGAUUGCUCCACUCCCGAUGAGGAGGUUCUCAACACAUGGUUCGAUGUGUGCAGGGCAGAGCAAGGCACGAUAGCAGUCCACUGUAAAGCUGGUCUUGGGAGGACAGGGACUCUGAUAUGCGCGUGGCUGAUGAGGAAAUAUCGUUUCACAGCUGCAGAGGUGAUAGGAUUCAUUCGGGUGAUGCGACCUGGAAGUGUGUUGGGAGAUCAACAAACGUUUCUGGAAGACAACGAAGACAUCUUGUGGAGUCUGGGUGAU